AUGAAGACCAACCUCGCCCUUGGCCUGUGCCUCUGCGCAUUUCUCUUAUCUCUACUGCGUCCUAGAAUGGCCCAAUUGUCUCCUGAGGAACUCUAUGGAGCCCGGGCAAAUGAAAUCCUUGCGUCCAUCCCGGAUUACAUGCCUCCAGGAGAAGCAACUGGGCUUGCUAUGCCUAAGGAAAUUCUUCUUUUUGGCGAUUCGUUGUUAGAACUUUCAAGUGACCCACUGCUUACCUUCCCGCUCUCAGCAGCUCUUGUACACACUUUCCGUCGACGAGCCGAUGUUGUUUGUCGUGCAUUGUCUGGAUAUACUUCAAGAUGGUUAUCGCACACACCGUUAGAACGCGUUGAAAAAGAGUUAAACGAUAAGGAACUUUUUAUGGCAGUAUUAUUACUUGGAACCAACGAUAGUAUUUUACCAGGGUUUCCUCAUCAUGUUCCGGUUGAAGAAUUUGAGCGGAACUUGAGAAAGAUUUUGGACUCUGUUAUAGGGACCAUAAAGUCUGAGUCGACUGGUAAGCCAUUGAUUGUAUUAGCAACACCACCGCCUUGUUCUUUAAAACAACUGGCGAAUUCCAAAAUGUCAGAUUCCGGAAAAUCGAGAUCGAACAAGGCUGUUGAGCAGUAUGUUUCUAGCAUCCACAAGGUUGCUCAGGAAUCGUAUUCUGAAGGGCCAGCAAUUGUCCAAGUUCUCGAUCUUUACAAGAUUUUCACUGAGAUCUCAAAGUCUUCACCUAUCGAAAACUUUUUGUUAGAUGGACUGCAUUUCAACGGUGAAGGGUACAAGGUUCUUUACGUGGAGAUUAUGGAUAUUGUUAAAAAACUAGGCUCGCAGCUGCGGCCAAUUCCCAUGGUAGAGCCCCAUUUUUCAGCUCUUAUUUGA